AUGGCACCAGAACAAUGGCAUUUACUCGGUGCUAAUCAAAUGUUUUACAAUACACGUAAUAUUCCAUUAAUGGAACUUUCCGAUCAUUAUCCAGUGUUCGGCUUUUUUAAUUUAAACGAACACCAAUGGCCUGAAAAGCCAUCAGGUACUCUUACAUAUGUGCGGAUAGAAAUUCGUCAAAUGAUAGUUUCGCUUUUUAUUUUAACAAACAAUGGUACACCGCGUCGGCAUCGAUGUUUAAAAUCCGAACAGUUUAUUAUUCUAAUUGAUGGUGAUACGCAAGAAUUUUAUUUAUCAGAUGCAAAAUUUCUUCGAAUGAAAUAUGAAAUGGAACAAGUGAAUCGCUAUUUGAAUAUAAUUCAAAAAGAUAACAAAACAAAAUGUAUACAGACAGAUUCGACAUUUAUCUUAGAAACACUUUUAUCAACAGGAAUUCAUUAUAUUAAGCAGACUUCAUCAUAUCUAUGUUCAUAUACAAUAGAUAGAGAUCAAGCACAAAUAUUUCGAUUGAUUGAAGUUGAGCGAAAAAAUAUUAAUUGUAUUAUAACACAUUGA